GAAAUUCAGUUAAAGGACAGAUCCAUUGCAUCAGUUUUUGUUGCGUGUCUCUAACCAUCAGUGACUCUGUCUGAAGUCCUUCACUACUCAUAUCGUUUUUAAAUGGUUAGGGUUUAGAGUGGGAAUUUGGACACAGCGUAAAAUGAUCUUUCUUUCCAAUUGUUUUCUGAUACUUGUUGGUCUAACAGGAGUUUGCUAUUGUAGCAUAACUACAGUCAAAGAAACAUCAGUGAAGCCCGGAGAAUCCAUCUCUAUCCCUUGUCUCUAUGAGUCAAAAUAUGAAAAACAUGUGAAAUAUUUGUGUAAAGGAUUUUAUUGGGCCACUUGCUCAGAUGUAGUUAAAACCAACAAACCUGACACAUCUGGAAAGUUUUCAGUUCAAGAUGACAAAGAACAGAAAACGUUCACAUUGAACAUUAACCAUGUUGAAAGUACAGACUCUGAUUACUGGUGUGUUGUGGAAAUCGAUGGCGGGGCUGAUGUUGGAGAAUAUUUUCGUUUGUCUGUCUCUGGUACACCUGCUUUAAGUGUGGAUAAUCAAGAGAUGGAAGGAUUUCUUGGCGAGAACAUCACCAUCAACUGUAAAUUUCAUAACUCUGCGCCAGAAAAAUGGUGCAAGCUGGGAGGGAACUGUGUGACAAAGUCGUCUGAAUUUGUAGAUGGAACAAGAGUAAUUUUUAAAAAGAAUGAUACUACAUAUUCUGUUACAAUGAUGGGAUUGAAACAGGAAAACAGUGGCUGGUACUGGUGUGUUAAAGGACAGUUUCAAAUGCCAGUGCAUCUAACAGUUACUGAGAGACCUGCUAGUACUCUGACAUCUGUUACCCUGAUGCCUGUUACUAUGAAUGUAACAAAUGUAACCCAGCCUUCAGUUAAAGAAAGAAUGGAUCCAACGGUCUUUUUCAUCUCCUUGGGUUUACUGAUCUUCAUUGUGUUGGUGGCUUUGUUUGUCUUGUUUGUGCUGAAAUGCAAAAAAACUAAAAAAGAACCAGCCACGGAAAAGACGGAAGUGGGAGUAGUUUAUUCUGAUGUCACUUUCAAGAAAAAGAAGACAUCUGAGGGAAUAGCAGCUGAAAGUGAUGGGAACGUGACUUACAGCUCUGUGGUUUCAUUUAAGCAACAGGACAGGAGAGUGAAGCAAAAGUAAAGGAAGUUUCAUGCAGCACUUCACCA